UACUACUAGCUAUACUGGGUAUCACUAUCAGUUUUUGAAAGAGCACUUUCACUUUGUGCUUGGCUAGCACCCCGACUUUUCAUAAGCUUAUCUCUAAAGGUAUCUCCCAAACGAAAUACAGUAUUGGUUAACUAUUGCUGUGCAAUGUAUAGCUGUGACAUGUAACAACUUCAAGCAUGUCAUCGCCCAAAGAGCAACGCCCUUUGAAAGUGGGUUGUAGGGUCGAAGUGAAAGAUAAGGGCCUUUCUGGCACUGUUGCCUACGUGGGUUCAACUUUCUUUGCUGACGGAAAGUGGAUUGGAGUGAUAUUGGACGAAGCCAAAGGCAAGAAUGAUGGCACUGUCAAAGGCAAAAGAUAUUUUACCUGCAAAGAGAAUUUUGGAAUAUUCGUGAGGCAAACUCAAGUAGCAGUGGUGGAUGAUGUGGAUGUCCCCAGUACACCUGCUUCUAAGCCCUCUUUGCUUCAUCAGCCACCAAGCAGAAUUGGUGGACCAUCAAGUGCAGGAUCAAGCCUUGCUACCCCAUCACAAAAAUCUGCUCGUGCCGGUUCCUCUAUACCAUCGUCUCCAUCGGUGCAGCGCCAUGCAGCACCCAAAGCCGCCUCCGAUCACCCACCACCCAGCUCAGCAGCUGCUGCUCCAGCACCGCAAGCGCCAACUCCCGCGGCCGCUGCUGGUGGUGCUACAGCUGCCCCGGCAUCCAAGACUGAAACUGCGGACAGCGGAGAGAUCACCGACUUGAAGGAACAAGUUGCCUUCCUGCUGGCCAAGAGGAACGAUGACAAGACACGGCUGAAGGAGCUGGAGAAAAUCCGCCUUCAGUAUCACCAGAUGCAAGAGUAUAAAGCGCGCUGGACUGAGUCUAUGUCUGAGCUACAGCAGCAACUGAAGGCAGCUAAAAAGGAGGCAAAGGAGGCAGUUGAAGCCCGUGAGCAAAUAGAAGAAGAAACUGCUGACCUGCGUGAGAGCAUGGAGAUGGCCACCCUGGACAAGGAGAUGGCCGAGGAACGAGCGGAGGGUCUGCAGCAAGAGGUGGACUCUCUCAAGGAACGCGUGGAAGAGCUAGAGCUGGACUUGGAGAUCAUGAAGGACGAAAUGAACACUCCCAGCAGUGACGGUACUGUCAACAGCGCGCAGGUCAAACAGCUCGAGCAGCAGAUGGGCCGCUUGAAGGAUGCGUUGGUCAAGCUGCGUGAUGUCUACACACAGGAGAAGGAACGAUCGGAAGGCUUGCAGAAGGACAACGAGAAACAGUCGACACAGCUAAAGGCGCUGAGUACUCAAAAGGAGAAGCUUGCGAAGGACUUGGCGGAGGCCGAGUCCAACAUUGAUGAGCUCAAGGAACAGGUGGAUAUAGCAGUGGGCGCUGAGCAAAUGGUGGAGCAGCUGACCGACAAGAACCUCGACCUUGAGGAGCAGCUGCAGGAUGUUCAAGAGAGCUGUUCUGACUUGGAGCAAGUGCGCGACAUGCAGGAGGAGAUGAUCGAGCAUCAUGAUCAGAUCGAGCUGGACUUGCGCGAGGACGUGGACCUAGCACAGUCGCGGCUACGCGAGGCUGAACGGCGUGUGGAGGCUGCUAAUGAGAAUGUCGUGGAUCUGCAGCACACAAUUGGAAAGUUCCGGGAGCUCGUUCGCCAACUCCAGCAAGAGCUGCAGCAGAAGCAGGGUGGCGAUGCCAGUGUACAGAGUGGAGCCGUGGAGAAGCUUGCUGAGACUUCUGACGCACAGCAGCAGCAGCAACAGCAGCUGUCCACUCAGUCGCAGGCUAUGCUGGCACUGAACAUGCAACUGCAGUCCACUGCAAUGAAGGCUCAUGCCAAGACUAUUGAGCUUGAGCUGCGCAAGUUGGAUGUGAUGCAAGCUUCGAAACACGUCGAUCUGCUGAUGGCGUUCAUCCCGGAGUCUUUCUUCAUUCCUGGCGGUGAUCACGAUGCUGUUCUUGUGGUAUUGCUGCUGGCGCGGCUGCUGUUCAAGUCGGAACUGCUCUACAACGCCAUCCGCGAGCAGUUCCGCAUCGAUGACAACAUUGAUAUGAUGCAGACUACCAGUGCUGUGGAUGGUGAACGGCUGACGUUCGUUUCCAACCUGUCGCACAGCUCCGCCGCUCUGGAGAGUCUGCUGCGGCGCAUUGAGCGUGUGGUACUAAGCGGUGAUGUGGAGCUCUUCCUGGAGAUCGGUGCUAUGUGCUCAGAUAUGAAGUCACAUGAGAGAGCCAUUGAUCACCUGAUAGACCUUGUCAGCAAGGACCAGCUGGACGAGAAUGUUUCGUUGGCAUCAUUUAAGAAAACAGUGAACUUCUUCAAGCAUGUGCAUGACACACUGCAGCUGUCCUCCAGACCACUGCAUCACAUGGACUUGCUCAAUGAUCGCCUCAAGGUCAUUACGUCGGGUGUGACCGCGACGGCAAUUCAACUACGCCAGCUCCGUGUCUUGACAAAGGAUGGUACCCCAUUCUGUGUCUUCCUGAAAGAGCUGCAAUCUUACAAUGGUGAUGUCAAGCAGGCAAUGAAAAAGAUGAAGCGUCACCUUGGUCAGCUAGAGCCAGGACAGACUGUCGUAUUUGGCGAUGAGGUUGUAUCUAAGCUACAGGACUGUAUGAAUGAGCAGCAGCACUUGCUCGACAUCCUGCAGCGUGUUCAGAACUUGGGCGUGCAGCAGAUUAUCCUGUCCACAGACCAGUCACCGUUGCCAGCUGGCAGUGUGGAGCAGUUUGCCUAUCAAGCGCUCAAGGAGCUCAGUGGCUCAAAGGAGAGCUUCAAUGCAUACAUGCAAUCACGACUGACGACUCUGUCCUUCUCUCUGGGUAAACUUGCAACUGGCCUUGAAGAUGGCGAGUAUGACUCAGCCAGCGAGCAAGAAAAGGUUGAAGCUCCAUACCUUGUGCGUGCGAAGUCCGUGAAGCAACACCUGCAUGAGAUGGAGGGCAUGGGAGAUCGCAUCACCGAGAAGGAUGCCGACAUCACCGAGCUCAAGAAGACCAUCAAGGCCAAGAUGGCAGAGCUUGCGGAGAACAAGGUGAAGAUUGAGAUGAUGGAUAAGAAAGCGGAGACGGCUAGCAAAGAGGCUGCUGCACGCGAGGAAGCUGCUCAUGAGAAGGUCAACAAGGAAAAACUCUUGCUGAAGGAGAAGGAGAAGGAGUUUGAAGAGGCACUGGAUGCACUGCAAAUGGACAUUGACCAGCUGGAGAAGGAGAAGCGUGAGCUUCACCGUCGGCUGGAGGCCUCGACGAGGAAGUCUGCCAAGGCUGAGAUGGCCGGCUUGGGAGGAGGCUUUAGGAAGUCGUUCAUGGCCAUGGUCAACCAGCCUGGCUCCACACCAUCUUCACCAGCACAUGGCCCAGCCAAGGACGCAGCAGCCAGCAGUCCAAUGGACACGUCUGACGCAGCCGGAGAGAUGCCAGCGGUUGCCCAGGAUUCACCGCUGCUGUUGGCGCAGGUUGAGUCACUCAAGUCGGCGCUGUCUUCGGUGAAGAUGGAGAACCUAGACUUGAAGAAGCAAAUCUCUCGCGAAACACUAUCCUGGCUCACACCGCUUCCCGUGCGUUCAUGGAAUUUCAACAAGGAGGCCGCAAAUCAGCAGAAGGAACAAGAAGACGGCCAGGAACAAGAAGAAGGAGAGGAAAAGGAGAAGGAGGAAGCAACAUCCGAAGACAAUGUCAAUCGCGUCCGUGCACUUUAUCAGCAUGGUGCUCGCCUUAGAGAGGAUUUGGAGUUGGCUGCUGCUCGUGUCAGGGUCGUCGAUAUUACUGGCAAGAAUAACGUGGCACCACCAAGAAUUCAACUGCUGGACAACAAGAAACGAUUGGAGAACUUCAGAGAUCAAUGCAGAAAGUUUGAAGAGCAAGUACACACUGCUCUUGUGGACAGCCAGCCUGGUGCACGCGCUACCACGGAUUUCUCUACGUUCUCUUCGAAACCCUUCGCCAAGGCAUUGCAAGAGCAAGCCAGCGGUACACCGUUUGCCCAGGUCAAUAUUCCCCGGACUGGUAGUGGUGCUGCUGCCGAUGCUACUACCGCCGGACACCAGAAGCGCUGUGUUGACGUCGUGCUUCGACCUGAUGAGAUGCGACAGCUGCAUCGCCUGUUCGUGCCCUGCUGAAACACCACCUGCGUUGUGAAGUAUACUUUACCAUGUUUAAUAGCUACAUCUUGCCCCUUGUCACACUUCAUAGUUCAAUGUCAUACACACUGUUCGAAUCAGCCCUAUAUGUUCUUCACUAUUCACCCAUCAUGAAAUCAUCAUAAUUAUGUUCACCAAUGAAACUCAUGCUGCAGCUGCAACAACAGAGUGGCUAUCAUAACAAUAGAGUGCAGGAAAGCUCGCAUGAAAUUUGCUGCAGUGUUCGUGCAUUUAAAUUUAUAAUUAUUUUUGGAGGCAUGAGCUGAUAAUGGUGUGGUCCCAUGUGCAUUUUUAGCAAGCUGCUAGCUGUUGGCCUGAUCGGUAAAAGCACCACAUCUACCCUUUGCCGUGCUGCCCAUAUGGUUUUCAAUUAUUUUCCUACAUUAAGAUUGAACACUCCACUGCAGAGUAUGCAUACUAUGAAAGUGCUGUUUAGCACAUUUUUGCUGGUUGAAUUUUAAUUUUACAACCGA